AUGCUUGACAUUCCUCUUGAUGAUGUCAUAUUGAGGAACAUAUGGGAGAAGGUGGCCAAGAUAGUUUCCUCCCCUGGUGCAGUUCAAUGUGCUCCUUUCUUUCCGGGCAAGCAAGCCGAAGACUGUGAUACAUUCUUAGUCAUAAGUGAGAGUGGCAGUGAGAACUUUCACACAGUGAAGUGUAGCAGCAGUGUCAGUGGUGUUGUCAAAUGUUCCUGUCCAGGCUUCAAAUCGCUUGGAGUUUGUUCGCAUGCCGUAGCAGUCGCUGAAAAGCAAGGCCUCCUAUCCAAAUAUCUGAACUUUUAUAUACAGAGCAAGGUUCUUAAUAUUACCACCAUAAACAUGGCAGGAAAGCAAGACCCCAACGUGGGAAGGAAGAAAAACAAUCCUCGAAAGCGUUUUAAGGGACCAACACCUCACAGCGAUGUCACUAUUACAUGUGAAAAUGUCUUUGGUGUGAGUGCUAAGCAGUCACAACGACAACCACAACAACAUCAGAUGUUAUCUCUACCUCCACCUCCCCCAAGUGCUUCUUUAUCAAUCGGUAACAUCCAACUUCCAGCACGUACUGUUUCUGAGUGUGUCUUCUCGCGCAUGGUAGCUCUUGUUCAUCUAUGCAGUCAUUGGCAUCAAAUCCAGUUCCAAGACCUGGAUUGAGUGUUUCAACACUCCCUCAGCCGACAAGUAACCCCACUGAUGGGCCAUUCUCAUUUCUGGCGGAACUUCUGAACGAUAAUCCUGCACCAUUCACUUCACCUGAAUGUGAACCUCCUGCACUUGGUUCCCAAGGUUUAGAGAACGUAGAUAUACCUAUGAACGUGCCACUUCAAUCAUCUCUAGACGUACCGGUCAAAGUUAAUGCUUGGAUAACAGCC